GUUAUAAUCGAAAUAUAUCCAUAUUUGAAGUCACACCACCAAAUCCCAAAGACUUUUCAAGUUCAGAUGGAUACUCUUUUACCAUUGUUACGGCAGCUAGCUCUAAUCAUUGGUGUCAAUUAACAAAUUGGAUAAAUCACUUAAACAAUCUUCAACAAUUGUUACCAAAGUAUAUAAAUCCAAGAAUCAUAAUUUACGAUAUAGGCUUAGAUAAACAACAUAGAAUUAUACUUGAAGCAAUAAAAUUUUAUAAAAAAUUUACUGAACUUCGAAAUUUUAACUUUUCGAAAUAUCCAGAAUUUUGGAAUCUUCAAAAAAAUAAGACUUCAAGGGGUGAAUAUGGUUGGAAAGUUGGAAUAAUCAAAGAAAUUUCGAUUGAAUUUCCUGGAUUUUUAAUUUGGUCAGAUUCCGGAACUCUUUUUAGUCAGAAAAUAUUUGAAAACCUUCCUGAAAUUCUUAAACUAUAUAAUGGUUUUAUUUCACCAAAAUCUAAUGGUACGAUGGAUAUAUGGACGCAUCCGGGUGUUUACAAAUAUUUUAAUGAUGAUGGUAGUAAAUAUAUAAAUGUUUCUAAUUGUAAUGCUGCGGCCUUGUUUUUUGAUACCAAAAAAACUCAAUAUUUAAUUGAUGCAUGGUAUGAAUGCGCACUUGAAAAAGAAUGUAUAGCACCACAGGGAAGUAGUAUAGUAAAUCAUCGACAAGAUCAAGCUAUAUUGAGCUAUCUUAUUACAAAUGAUAACAGAAAAUGUGAAAUAGAUAAAAUACAAUUGGGUGUACAGACUCAU